AGGCUCUGGGUUUGGCGAUUGUGCUUACAGAUUCCUAAUUUUUUUCACGAUGGCUGAACCUGAAGACCCUUCUGUUGACCAACCAAACAGACUUUCCCAUGAAGGAGCCGGCCUGAAUGACGCGAAUAGUUCAACAAAUCCGAUAAUGUCAAAUCUUCGACAAACAAUAAGCAUUCUCGCUCUUUUGUUGAGCAUGCUCUUGACUUCACUAGAUCUGACCAUAUUAUCAACAGCAAUUCCUCGCAUAUCUCAUGACUUCCACAGUUUGGACGAUGUUGGCUGGUAUGCCUCCGCCUUUUUCCUCACCAUGGCUGUUUUCCAAGGCCCUUGGGGCAAGCUAUAUAAGUACUCGUCGGUGAAAUACACCUUUCUCGUCGCUAUCUUGACUUUCGAACUAGGAACGCUCGGAUGUGGUAUGCUUGUCCAAUUACUCUUUGUUUCUUCUUUUUUUUUUUCAACGCAGGUCCUGAAUAUAUUGUUAUUCCAGCUGUAUCCUCGAACAGUGCCGGCUUCAUUGCUGGACGAGCUGUUGCAGGGAUAGGCGGAGCCGGCGUAAUUGGUGGAACUUAUAAUAUACUGGCACUUAUUGUCCCGCCAGAGAGAAUCCCAAUUUUCUAUGGUCUGAAUGGGGUUAUAUUUGCGGUCGCGAGCGUUUCUGGGCCCCUCGUCGGAGGCGCUUUCACAUCUGAUGUGACCUGGCGAUGGUGCUUCUAUAUCAAUCUCCCUAUCGGUGGGUUUGUUAUGGUGCUGUUGUUCUUCGUUCUUCAGAUACCUACUAUAGCAAAACCAGUCAAAGUCCCGUUUCGCGAGCUUCUGCUCCAACUCGACAUUCCUGGUUGUAUUCUGAUAACAGGGGGUCUAGUUUGCUACCUUCUCGCUCUUGAGGUCGGCGGUUUGACUAAAUCGUGGAACUCUUCUCAAUCAAUCGGACUUCUAGUUGGAUGGAUCUUGUUGACCAUUGCUUUUGUGGUUGUGAAGUGGCUGCAGGGAGACGGAGGCCUGGUUUCUUCUCACCACUUGCGGAGCCGUGGUGUUCUGACCUGUUGUACUUUUGCGUUUUUUCUCAACGCAGCAAAUUACAUCCGUCUAUAUUGCCUCCCCCUUUUCUUCCAAGCUAUUCAAGGCACGUCGCCAGAGCGCAGUGGCGUUCUCCUCCUGGCUUAUAUUGUCCUUACUUCUGUCUUUACACUCAUUGCAGGAGCCCUGCUUGGUAAAGUUGGAUAUUACCAGCCCUUCCUAGUGACUGGAGCGGCGAUUGUUUUGAUUGGGUCUGGGCUUUUGUGGACACUUGAUAUAGAUACUUCUGGUGCGAGGGUAGCCGGAUAUCAGGUCCUCGCCGGAAGUGGUGAUGGAAUUUGUGUUCAGAUACCGGUCACUGCUGUGGGGGCAUUUGUUGAGCCAAAAGAUCUCCCUACGGCGACUGCAAUGGUACUCUUCUUUCAACUUCUAAGUGGCGUAAUUGGUGUUGCUGCUGGCCAAUCUAUCUUUUCAAACCGUCUCGUCCAAACUCUACCUCGCUACACUACCGGCGUCAAUUCUUCUCAAAUUUUGCAUAUCGGGGCUAGUGAAUUGAACCAGAAUUUUACAGAUGAUACUCUUCAGGGUGUCAGGGAAGCAUAUCUGGUUGGUAUCAAAGGUGCAUGGAUCAUGACGAUGGUGCUCUGUAGUGCUGCAAUUGUGAUCGGACUCGCGGCGCCACGCAUCUCAAUUUCCAAAGGUACAGAAUCUAAGCAAAGGAAUGAGAACGCUGAUCUUGGUGAAAAGGAAACUGCAUAAUUCUUGCAUUGAUUGGACAGCGAAUGCAGAACUCAUGGAAAAGCUUCUUUUUAGGAAUCCUUUGGUCAUCUCGUCCCGGUCAAUCAGGCUAGAUAUAUGAAUUAGCACAAAUCAAUCCAGUGACCAUCCUCUUGUAACUAGCUAUUCAUGGAAAAAGGAUAUCAGCACAGAUAUUCCUUGCGUCAGACCGUGCUUAUUAGCAGCGCUACGAGUUACGUGUUAAGAAACAUAGGAGAAAAGGUGGCUUUGAUUCC